UACAUGUUUUUACCAGAGGUUGAGAAAGCCAGAGAAAGUAAUGCUGCCAUUAUUGCUGGUGUGAUUGGAGGAGUAGUAAUUAUAUUAAUCAUAAUAGUCAUUGUGGUAGUAGUAGUAAGAAAGAAAAAAGCUAAAGAAAGAGUGGAACCAGAUGUGCCUGUGAUGAACACAUUGAAACCAACAUAUCGAGAGUUUACUUAUGCACCAACAUUACCUGAAAAGAAGAAGAAAAAUUCUUCAGCAUCAUCUGUGGAUAGUGGAAUGAGUUCAAUAGGGAGUAGAAAUUCUUCCAGGGUGAGCUACCAGUCAUCAUUAUCUUAUGCAAGUCCUAUUCCCAACCAAGAUGUAAUUAUAGGAAAAUCUGUAGCUCCUCCAGAUGUGGUAAGUUUAUUUAACUUGAGAGUGACAUUGAAGAACUUUAUCUAGAACAUCCCUAGA